AACGUCGGUACCACACCGUAAGGGCGGUAGUCGCGGUGCUACCUCUACUGUCUACCGUGGUCCGGGAAAACAACAGCAAACGGACAACCGGACCGGUGGCAAACGUUCCGUUCGUUCGCGCAAGAACGAAAAGUACGCGUUCGCCCAGAAGCUGCUACAGAAAUGGUUCGAGUACAUGGUGCUGAUAGUCCGCUGGCUCUGGUCUCUCGUUAGUGAUGUGGUUUACCUGAGCGUCCGGUUGGCCUGGGACUAUGCGCUGGCCGGGUACCAGUACUGCUGGCAGCAUAUCAGCACGAUAAGACAAGAUUUUCGUAAAAACUCAUCCCGACCUGGCGCAUGGUUGCGUGGCGCUUGGCAGGCGUUCGAUGGACGGUUCGAGAAGGAGUCACGGUGGGCCUUCUGGCGUCACUGUUGGCGAAAGAAAGCGGGCGCGGAAACGGGACCUACCGGUCGGGCCGGAACUCAUCACCAUAAGGACCAUGGACGAUUGCCAUCGACGGCGGAUGAGGCGAUGUCUUCGCUGCUGAACUGUAAGGGCAAGGAUGCGUACAGUAUUUUGGGUGUGAGUCCGGAUUGCUCGCAGGAGCAAAUACGCAAGCACUACAAGAAGAUUGCUGUGCUGGUGCACCCCGACAAGAACAAGCAACCCGGUGCGGAGGAAGCGUUCAAGGUGCUGCAGCGAUCGUUCGAGCUGAUCGGUGAACAGGAAACGCGCAAGGAGUACGAUCAGAGCCUCGCCGAGGCACUGAAUGCUGAGAAAGCGUGGUCCGAGAUUAACGAUUUGCUGACGCAGCUGCACACGAAAAUAUCGGAAGCGGCUAAUACGAUAAGAUGCAGCAGUUGUUGUUUGAGGCACCCACGUAAACCCACGGGACGUGCACAUUUCGCUGCACGCGAGUGCAGUUCGUGCAAGGUGCGGCACCCGGCAAAGGAGGGUGACAUAUGGGCGGAAACGAGCUGUCUCGGGCUGCGCUGGAAGUAUCUUGCGAUGAUGGAAGGCAACGUUUACGACAUUACCGAAUGGGCCAACUGCCAAAAGGGUGCUCUUUCACACCUGCAGCCGAAUUCCCACGUCGUGCAGUAUCGCAUCGUGCUCGGCAGUAGCAGCGGUGGCGCUAGCAGCUCGCAGCAGCACCAGCACCAGCAACAUCCGUCGGGCAUGCAGCAGGAUAAGGAAUCACUUGGACGAUCACGAAAAGAGCCAACCGUGAAUGAACCCAAUUUGGACGAUUUCCUGAAUAAUAUCUACGCCGGACAGAAUCAGCAAGCUGCUGGCCAGGCUGCUUCGGGAUCCAGGCGACGAUACCGUAGAAACUAACUUAUCCCAGCAAGCACGGUUCUGUGUGCGUGCUAAGUUUGCUUAUAAGUUUUGGUUUUAAAAAUUCUCGCAAAGCAACCGGCGAGCGAGUGCAAACAAUCUAACUACAAACGCUCCACUCUUUACACACUCAACGUGCCACAUAGAAACACUCGCCUGCUACGUCUCUCAGAGCGCCCCGUCCUCCUCCCAAUGCACUAGAUAACAGUAGUUCCGAAGCUCAAACCAACGUACCAAGAGUGGCCGGGCCGUGGUAUCGAUAGUGUCUUUCAAUCUCUCCAAUAGCCAGGCUUGUCAGUGAACAGAAGAUGACGGAGUUCAGAGCUUUAGAAAAUUAGUGGUAGUCAUUCACCGCCAGUAGAUGUGUCUCGUUUAGUCGUACUUUUACGUUUCUUUUUUAGAGUGUGUGCGUGUGUAUGUGUGUCGUAUGUGAGCGCAACCGAUACGCGCAGUACAAACGGGGUAGUAACGGUAUGCGCGGCACGCGAACCCGGCUGAUCUUGGCGUUCGAAAUGAGUUAGAGAUGUGUCACAACGGCAAACUAAUCCCCAAUCUAAUCAUCAUAUUACCGCAGUCUGUAUAUCAAUAUAAAAUGCCUUCCCGAGCGUCCCGUCUUUCCGAGCUGGUUAACUGUAGCGGACAUCUCUGCAGCAGCGAAUGUCGAAUUAUACUAUCUCUACACUCCUGGUAGGGUGUGCGCGCUUGCAGCACACCGCAACACCUUCCACGUCUUCAGCAGGGCGGAAAUGUGAGGUGCUGCCGAUCAACGUCUAACACGUAGUUUUUAUGCAUUUUCAUCGAGCAUAUAAGUGUAUGUACCGCAAAUUUGAUCAUUGAAAAUUUAAAUCAUUGACCUCGCUUAUCCAAAAACCCGCCAUACCCCAGCAGCGUCGGGGUAUCGGGUGGCAGAGGUUGAUCCAGAAUGAAGAUUAAUGGCAAAAUAAAUGUCCCGUUCGCGAUUGCAGCGGGAAGGAAAACGUAAAA